CAGGAAGCAGAGGAUACGAAGAGGAUGAGAGAAGAUGACCGUAACGCAGGCGCGUUUAAAGGAACCCAUGCGCGAGUGGUGUUCACGUCUGUAACGCUUUCAAGAACUCCGGCGGGAGCUGCGAUUCUUCCUUUCAGUUUACCGUGGUCCCGCUUCCGAAACUUAUGUCGUGUAUUAUUCUCGCCGGGUGGAAGGUAGUUCGAUCGUAAGUUUCGAUUGUGCGCUUCAUCGAAAAUAGAUACGGAACGAUAAAACCGACGUAUAAACGAGUUAAGAGUUAACCGAGGAAGAAAUUCGGAACACAAGGGUUAAGUAUAGUGGAGAUAAAAAGUUUACGGCCCGCUAAUGAUUGUGGUUUAAUCUUCUCGUCCAUUAAUUAUAGUGGAUCGUAAAAACAAUUGAUAGAAUUCGCGGAAUAUCGCUGAUUAGAAAAUGUUAAAAAGGAUAGUCUACCUGAUACGUAUAAGCAAGUGAUUCGGCAAAGCUGCAUUUACUUCCAUUUGAAAAAGUAAAUAUUUAAAGCGAACAUGGUGGAAUUUUGUAAAGUAUACGUCUAAUUUAAACAGAUACACUCAAUGUCUCGCUCAAUGCAAACCUUUUGCCGGUAUAAGUGGACGUCUCGUAACGUCCAGAAAUCACUUUCGCUUGCGUUCCAUUGCACGCACAAGAUCGUACGAGAGAGCUUGAUAUUGGAUUAUAAAAAGGAGGAGAUCAUGUCGACGAAUGUAUACAACGACUCAACGAUAUCUUCACCAGAGUUUAAUAGCUCAUACAAUGGGACGAUGGUGUCUUCAAACGAAAGCUUCGGAAUGGAUAUCACCGGGGAUAUACUUUGGUACUUUUACGACAAGUUUCACAGCGAAACUAAUUACUUGUUGAUCAUCCUCUAUGUUCCUGUGAUGGCACUCGCAAUAACGGCCAACGUCCUCGUGAUUGCAGUCGUAUUCAAAUACCACUACAUGCGUAGCGUGACUAAUUAUUUCGUGGUCAACUUGUCAGUGGCGGACCUUUUGGUGACUACUAUUUGCAUGCCUGUGGCUGUCAGUCAAGCAGUCUCCAUAGUAUGGAUCCACGGCGAAAUAAUGUGCAAACUUUCCUCUUACCUUCAGGGUGUUGCAGUCGCUGCUUCGGUUUUUACCAUCAGCGCGAUGAGCAUCGACAGAUACUUGGCGAUAAGGAGUCCUAUGGCAUUUCGACGAGUGUUCAAUCGAAGGAGCACGGUUCUCGUAAUCGUGGCUCUUUGGUUGGUCGCUUUAAUCAUCUUUGCUCCUGUUCUCAGAGCGAUGACCCUCCACAGUCCGAGUAUGGAACUUAGCAACAUAUCUUUCCACGGAUCCUGGACAAUGACGAAGAAUUUUUCACAGAAUACCUCUCGUGUCUCUCAUCUACCACCUGUUUUCUACAUUUGUUCGGAAGAUUUUAAGCCUCUGGGCAUUCAGGCGCCUCUUUUCGGUGCUGUGUGCUUUGUGCUGGUUUAUGCGAUUCCAGGUUUCGUCGUAAUACUAUCUUACUCGAUGAUGGGUCGAACACUGUGCGCCCGAAAACCACCUUUCGACUGUGAUAGCGUCGAAGGAAGCGCCAGCUCGCAACAGAGUUUCAGGCUGGUACGUGAGAGAAGGCGAAUUGCUUGGAUAUUGCUUCUUUUGGCGGUGUUCUUUGCUCUGUGUUGGUUACCAUAUAACGUCUUAAUGCUACUGAUAGAUCUGGGCGCAGUUGGGGGAAAGACAACGAGAGAUGCUCUUUCCUAUUGCCUGUUUCUGGGACACGCGAAUAGCGCAUUGAAUCCUGUCGUAUACUGUGUUAUGACCCGUAAUUUUCGGCGGAGUAUAUCGGAGAUUCUUUGUUGUGGAUCCCAUGGGUUCACUCGUCGAAAACCCCGUCACAGGAGUGCUCAAGGAACCGCCGUGAUCGAUGACAUGUGUGCAGGGUGUAGUGCUAGUAGCACGAUAAGACGCGGAUUGUUUCGCAAGCGGACGAUGUUACCUGGAUGCAGAUGUGGGCUACCGAUUAACGGCCAUCACGCAGUUUUAGCCCUCCGACGAACGGCUACAACUAGCAGUGGAUACGACAGCUACCUUAGCAGACACAGUCCUCAUCGACGUUGUUACAUGUUACGGAGUCUUCGGGGAAGGCCGCAAAUGGGGAUGGAACAAGUCCAGGUAAACAAAACUCAAGAGACCUGCUACAAGAAGAACGAAGCAAGUCAACCUCAUAUUAAUAUAUUCAUCACCACGGACGAACAACAUUGAACAUAGGAAUAAAUGAUUUAAUUUAAAGAUUGAUUAAUGUCGAUUAAUUUCUUAUAAACACGUAGAAUUUCGGUGUCGUCACGUAAAGAUAUUUGAUGUGCAUACAUGAAGAUGGACAGAAGAGAUGCAGUGUCAAUUACGAUAUCUCUCCAUAGAAUAUUUCCUGAUCGAUUUAGUGAUUUUCGGACUCGAGUUCAUUGUAGCUUUCAUUAACGACCAAUAUUUAUAUCGUUGAUACGGAGUGAGAUAAAGCGGUCAAUGAUCUUUAAUAUCUUUUCACGGGGUGAUAAGAUUAAAGGCUUAGGGCACAAAAAUGACUUAAGGUUUGAUUUCCUAAAACGAAAAUUUUUCUACCGCGAUCUGCAUUCCAUCUACCGAGCACCGCGACAAAUAAUAAACGAGAAAAGAGUACAUACAGUAGUUAACGAGGAACCAAGCAAAAGGCUAAGUUCGUUAAGUGAGACUGAGUGGAGGAGACAAAUAGGGCUGGGCUCUCAAGGGAAAAUGUUGAAACAGUGACAAGUAAUCGUAUUUUCCACGUAAUUUAUUGCUUGUCGUUCACACUCGUUCAACUUUGACUGAAACAAUCUUCUGUAGGAAGGAUGGUAAAAAGGUUAUGCAUAACAGGGCCGCAACUAUAACGAGAGUGAAUGAACAUAAACGGUUUGCAAAUAUUUGUGUAUGUUGAGCAAACACGUUCGUUAUAUGGGCUGACGUUGACGUUAUUAUCCGGCUCAAUUAAAUUCGAGUUGAAUUGACCUCUUUAAAAAUAGGCACGAAAAUAUGACACUGUUUAAAGAUGAAAGCCAAUGGCUCGCGAGAUAUCUAUAAUUUUUUGCAUUUUUUCCAAUAAGAAAUCUCGAAAUUGAACAAAUUAUAUUUCGGUUAGGUUAGAUUGUCGUUCUAUCGGGGCAUCAAAUUCUGGGUAACCUCCUGUAAUUUGUUCCGAUUUAAUAUAUGUAUUCCACAAAUGUAAUAUCGACGCAUUUCGUUCAAACAUUUCGAGGGAUUAAAUAAGGGAUGACAUAAAUAGUCGAGACAAAGAAUUUCUCCCCUACUCACAGAAAUUCUCGAAGUGUUGGACGUGAGGCUUGAUCGAAUAAAGAUAGGAAUGUUGAUGUGAUAAAGAGUGCGUGUAUGUACGUAUAUGUUGAUGCUUACGGUAUGAAUAUCCGCCCACGUUUUGUAAUAAAUCAUGUAUAGUAUACUUGAAAACAAUACUUUGAAAUUUC